UUAACACGGAGAGAGAGAGAGAGAGAGAGGCGAAAAACCAUCCAGAAGCGAAAGAGUGGGUUUGGUUCGUUCAUUCUCGACCCCUGGUUCUCCAAGCCCCGCUUCCCCACCACCUCCACCCCUCCACAACGCUUUUCCCCCCUCCUCUUCCUCCUCCUGCUCGAUUCCUCGUCGAUCUCGGCUCCUCGAUCGACCCCCGCCGCAAUGACGACCAUGAGUGAUGAUGGAGAUAGGACUUGCCCUCUGUGCGCUGAGGAGAUGGACCUGACUGAUCAGCAGUUGAAGCCAUGCAAAUGUGGAUACGAUAUUUGUGUGUGGUGUUGGCAUCAUAUAAUGGAUAUGGCUGAGAAAGAAGACGCAGAAGGGCGUUGUCCUGCGUGCCGCACCCCAUACGACAAGGAGAGAAUUGUUGCCGCCAACUGCAAAAGGGUUGUGGCUGAGAUUUCUGCAGAGAAAAAACAUAAAUCUCAAAAAGUGAAGCCAAAGGCAUCGGUGGAAGCUAGAAAGCAUCUUGGUGGUGUGAGAGUGAUACAAAGAAAUCUUGUGUACAUAAUUGGGCUACCUUAUAAUUUAUGUGAUGAAAGUAUACUCGAGCGCAGAGAAUACUUUGGUCAGUAUGGGAAAGUCUUAAAGGUGUCAAUUUCUCGUCCAACUGGUGCAGCUGCCCAGCAAGCAUCAUUAAACAACACAUUCAGUGUGUAUAUUACUUAUGCCAAAGAGGAGGAAGCUGUUCGGUGUAUUCAAGCUGUGCACAAUUUUGUUUUGGAUGGAAAAUCCUUGAGAGCAUGCUUUGGUACUACAAAGUAUUGUCAUGCAUGGUUAAAAAACAUGACUUGCAGCAAUCCAGAUUGUCUCUAUCUUCAUGAUGUAGGUAGUCAGGAGGAUAGUUUUACGAAAGACGAGAUCAUUUCAGCUUAUACUAGAAGUAGGGUUCCCCAAAUUGCUUCAAAUUUGCAAAGACGUUCAGGGAAUAUACUGCCGCCUCCUGCAGAUGAUUUUUCUAGCAGUGGGACUGCUUCUAGCAAACCUGCACUCAAGAAUGGCUCAAAUAUUGCUUCAAGUCAAACAAAAAUUUCUCCUCCUAACUCGAGUGCUGGGAAGUCAACUUUACCAGCAGCUGCCUCCUGGGGAAAUCGUGGUUUGAAUUCCAAGCCUACCGCUGCAAGCAUGUCAUGUUCACAGGCGCUUGCAAAACCAAAAACCGAAACACAUAGUUCUUCAGUUUUGCAUUCUUCAGUUAUUUCAAGUACAAAGCCAGUGAUCUCUGCGUGGCAUGAUGAUGUAGAUACAAGUUCUAAGUCUCCUGAAAGCAAGCAAGUAAUACAACCUAGUAAUGCUUCUAAACCUUUAGAACCCUACCAACCUGGUAUUCAGAAUGACUACAAAGCAAAGGGUUCUGCUGAGACUUUCCUAGAUGUGGAUUUAAGUUCUGGGCCUUCUGCAUGGAAUGACGAUGUAGUUGUGACAUCUGAAGGCUGUGAAGGAAAAGCUGCACACUUCGAAAAUAGGUCUCUAUCCUUAGAGUCUUUAAAAGCUGUUACCGAUGAGGUGAGCCAACCGUCUACCAUAAUUGUGUCGCCUGAAGUGGAUGAAAGAGACAUUCCUAUUUCUCGAAGCAAUUCUAUUACAGCAAGGAGCCCUAGAUCAGAAGGUCUUUGUAGGAAAUCUAUUGGUACUGGUCGGGACAAGAUUACAGAAGGUCAUGAACUUGUUGAUGAAAAUGUACAGAAUUUGUGCUCGGAUCUAUCGUCAGUAUGUUUAGAUAGCAGUUUUGGGGCUAAUGGUUUGAAGGCUGACCAACCUCAAACUUUAGUGCUUAAUACUUGUUCUGCAGAACUGCCGUUAAAGCAAACUUCAAAUUUAGAGCUAUCUUUUACCAAGCAGGUCGAGCAAUUACCUUCACCGCAAGCUAGCAAAGGCUACCCAUUUUACGACCAAUUUGGUUCCAGUAAGCCAUUUGAUUGGAGUUCAGAGCUACCAAAGCAAGGUACAGUGGUUAAUAAUAAUAAUCAAAGACUUGGACAUUCUAAUGUCAUCACUCAGACUUCAUCUUCAUCAUAUCAGCUUCAUCCUAGUAAUACUGCAAACCUCGCAAGUUAUAGUUCAUGGAGUAAUGAUUUCAGAAGUGAACAUUCUUCAUUUACUGAUGAUUCUAGAACUGGUUUGUUGUCAUCAUUAGAUAAUUCAUCAAUUUUAUCGAACAGUCGAAAAGGUGAUGAGCAGCUCAGCAGUUUCGGUAAUCCUGAGAGGGUUUUUGAACGCCCUGGGAUGAAAAGCCUUGAAGAUAAGGCCAAUUGCAUAGGAAGAUAUGAAAAUUCAAGUAGUGUCGAGAAAGCUGCAAGUGUAGAUAAGGGUGAGAGCAGCAUCAUAUCUGAUAUAUUGUCCCUAGACUUUGAUCCGUGGGAUGAUUCAUUGUCCUCAGCUAAUAAUCUUGCUAAGAUGCUUGGUGAAUCCGAAAAGGCUGAGAAUGCUUUUAAAUUUUCAAAUUCUUGGAAAUUACAGAAUAGCAACCAAUCCAGAUUUUCAUUUGCUUGGCAAGAAAGUGAAGGAAACAUUCCAGAUCCUCUAAUUCAAAACAAUCAUGAACAAAAGCUCUCCUUGUUACAGAAUUCUUAUGGAGACAGGUAUCAAGGUGGUCCUGUCUUUAAUGCUUCUGAAGUACCAAAUGCAGCCACCAACAGUAGUUCAGCUUUAACAUUCGAUAGGCCCACUGGUGCUUCAAGAUCUAAAAUAUCUGCUCCACCUGGAUUUUCAACACCAAAUAGAGCACCCCCUCCAGGCUUUUCUUCUCAAGAUAGACUUAACCAGGUGUACGAUACACCAUACUCAGAAAACAAUCUAUUUGGAGAUCAUUACCAAUCUCAUAUAGCUGGAAAUCCAGGUGAUAUAGAGUUCAUUGAUCCUGCCAUACUCGCAGUGGGCAAAGGGCGAAUGCCAGGAGUAAAUGAUUCAGGCUUGGACUUGAAAUCAGGAUUUCCUGCACAGUAUAGCACGCCAAACACUGACCCAAGGAUUCAACUAUUAAUGCAGCAAUCCAUCUCUUCUCAUCAAAACCUUAGAUUACCGAACCACAUUCAGGAUGGAUUCUUACCUAUAAAUGAUAAUUUUGUCACUUCCCGGUUUCUAGCACAAAACAAUGGUGCGCUCUCUCCGCUCGAGCUGAUGUCACUCCAGCAACCUAGAAACAAUAACUUCAUAAAUGGCCAGUGGGAUGGGUGGAGUGAUAUACGGGCUGGGAAUAACAUGGGAAUUAAUGAGAUGUUGAGGACUGAGAGGUUUGGUCUGAAUAACUACUAUUCAAACAAUGAAGAGCCUAAGUUUCACAUUCCGAGGUCCGGUGAUCUAUACAACAGAGCAUUUGGAAUGUAAUGCUAGCAUUAUGCUGCGUGAGUUCAACGUGCCUUUUCUCUACCUUGGUGAGUCUGUUGCUAUGGUUUGUAGUUGGUUCGAAGAACAUAUAAUCUUCACCCGGUCGCUGACAAGCAUUUAUGUUACUGGAACUUCAGCAAGUGAAAUUGAGUUUUGCUGAAAAGUUUGACCAAAGAGCCUUCUUUUAACAACAGGGUGAUUUUCUGAUGUUUCUUUUUUUUAGGUCGUCUUUGGUAUACCGAGAGGAAUCGUAAAUGGGUGGCAGUCCAGUUAUCUGAAAGGAUUUAUUUCAAAUUUGUUUUUUGUAUCUAACUGCCAUAUAUGUUUUUUUUCUAACAUUCUGUCGUUCUUUGUAUCUAAAUUUCUUCAUACUUGACAGAACGAGAAUGCUCUAGUGUAAAUAUUUCUUUUCUUGUUUCCCUUUUAAGUCCUUGAAAAUCGGCUUAUCUGAUGCGGAUGUGACCCAGGUCGUAUCUUAUUGCCGGGAGAAAUUUAGCAUUUCGCUGUACCAUGAGAUUCAUCAUAGAUCAUGAAAUAUGGCAGCAUAAAUGUGAAAGGAAUCACUGUUUGCAAAUUUCA